AUGGCUGUCUUCGGGGCGACGGCACCUCCAAGGGAAACAGGAUUCGUGACGGAAGACGACGUAGGCGCAGGGGCAGGGAGGCAGCGCGUCGGGGAGGCUGCACGCCUCCGCAGGGGCUCAGUCGUUGUUGGCGAAGAUGGCUGCGCGUAUCGCACGAGGGAUUCCUCUUGCCCCGCAGUUGUUCCGUUCUGCGAAAUCUUGCAGGUGAGGUCGAGUGGCGAUUCGGAGCCGAACGUCUGGGUGGUUGGUUCCUCGUGGGGUCUGCUUCUUGAGCUGCGUGUGAGGGAGAGCUGGAACAUUGGUUUCAUCUCUCUGAAUGGAAAGGGGAAGAAAACAUUGGUCCUAGCUAUGCAGGUAGCAUGGACAUCAUCAUCAUCAGGAGGAGGAGACAGUCAAAUGCCAGGAUUAGGAGGUGGAGCUGGCAAAGGAGGUGGUGGUGGUGGAUCAAUCAGGGAUGCUGGUGGUGCUUUUGGCAAGAUGGAAGCUGCAAGAGAGGAGCAGUAUUUCAGGAAAUUGGCAAGGAAGCAGUUGGAUGAUUUGAAAUCACACUUGGAUGAGCAGAUCUCCUACCAUGAGCAUGAAAUCAAGAUGCACAUGGAGAAGAUUGAGGCACACAGGAAGAGAGUUCAUGACAUCGCAGAAAUGCAGAAAAAAGAGAAAGAGUAGUCAUCCCACCUCCCCUAUUUUGUGAGGUUAUCCUCGUGCAAUCCAGUGAUAGCCAGCUGUAGUCCGUUCCUUUCUUCUAUGCUGUAUUGUCUUUUUUGUGUUUGUGAAGAAAUUUGCAAAGUGCAGAAUAUAAUGUGACCUGCUCAUAA